AUGGUGCACGCCAUCGCUGGGCGAUGGUCUGCUGCACCAUCGCCAUCGCCGGGCGAUGGUGCAGGCCGUCGCCUGGCGACGGCCAGGCCGUCGCCGGCGAUGGCCAGGACCCGCCGGCGACGGCCUGGCCGCCGCCGCCGUCCGAGGACCAAAGAAGGACCCGGUAAUGGUGGCAGGGGAAAGAGUAAGCCUAUUAUAGCUGAAGCUGAUUUUGAGGAGUCGGGACAGCGAAAUGUUCGAAAGCGUGGUGUGAGUGCCUCAGUCCGACGACACAAGAAGGGGACUCCUGCUAUUGAGGGAGCUAGUGAGACGCCAGUCGAUGAUCAGAUACAGGAUGAUCGGAUGGAGGAUGAUGACAUGGAAGACCGUCGGAUAGACGAUGCUGAUUUUGAGACUUCUGAGGACGAGAGUUUAGGACCAAUCGUGAACAUUCGACGGAAAAAGGGGAAAGAUGGACGGUUUAUUGCUGAAACGUCAUCAGUGACGAGUAAAAGAGCCAGGACUGAAAUACCUGCUUGGACUGUUAGUGAUCCAGUGCCAGGUGGACCUGAGGACGGGAGUAUUAUUCCCAGUUUCCUUGGACAUGUCGCUUAUGGAAUAUGGACAGGGAAGGAGGAGCGAGGCACUCUGAAGUGUCAGAGUAGACAUGCAGUUUGUAAGAGGCUGUCAGCAUGGCAUCAUGACGCCUCAGACGAGGUUAAACACCUGAUAGCCGAGAGUGGUUUGGGGCAUCUCCCUGAUAUUAUGUUCAGUCACUUGGAUAUUCCGCUCCUUUCUGCAUUUGUGGAGCGAUGGCAGCCUGAUACUAACUCUUUUCACCUGCCAUUCGGGGAGAUGACCAUUACACUGCAUGACGUGUGGAUUAUUCUCCGUAUUCCUGUGGACGGAAAAGUGGUUUCAGAUAAGCCCGGGAAACAGUUGUUGCUUGCCUCCUGUGUAGAGAUUUUAGGGAUCUCUAUGGAUGACUUGUUAGCUAAUUCGACGAAGCAUUAUGAAAAUGGAGGGUUUCUGAUUGAGUCCAUUUUUAGGAAUUGUGGACGGGGUUUGAGUGCUGAGGUUGAGGCAAUAGCGUGGAUGUGGCUGACGCUAGGUUGCACUCUUUUCGUCGAUAAGACUGGCCACCGGGUUAAACCAGCCUGUCUUUGGGAGGUUAGGGAUGGAGUCGCAGACGCGAAGGAUUAUUCUUGGGGUUCUGCUACACUGGCCUAUUUAUUUCGUCAGUUAGGAAUCGCCUCCAGAGGCGACUGUCACGGUUUGUCUGGGUGUCUGACACUUCUCCAGGCUUGGAUAUACGAGUAUUUUCCAUGUUUCAGACCCCAGCGAGAUAGGCUGAUUACAGAGAUUGGCACUCCUCGAGCGUGUAGUUGGAGUGUAUCCGGGACAGAGUGCACAGAGAUCCGGCUUCAAUCAUUGCGUGCCCGCGUAGACAGUUUGACUGCCGACGAGGUACGUUGA